GCUCUAGGGCGCUGUGAAAGCCACACACACCACACAUACAGGCGCACGCCUCCACCUCACACUUCCCCCAUUCAUCUGAACACGGUCUCCACUGCACCUGUCCGGAUGAGCUACUCGGUAGACGUUCUCGGAAGUCCCUUCCGGAGAGUGAUGGACACUAGGACGAGCUACAGCCGCAGCAGCGGUGGCUCGGUCUCCAGCGGCUUCCGCUCGCAGACAUGGUCCCGGGCCACCCCGAUCUCAUCCGUAGCCUACAAGAGGACGAUGAACGCGGAGAGCAUGGACCUGGGCAUGGACCUGACCACGCCGUCUUCUGCACUCAACGAGAAAGAGCAGCUGCAGGGUCUGAACGACCGCUUCGCAGUGUACAUCGACAAGGUGCACUUCCUGGAGGAGCAGAACAAGCAGAUCGAGACAGAGAUCAACGCGCUGCGGCGGAAGCAGGUUUCCCGCACACAGCUGGGCGAGGAGAACGAACGGGAGCUGCAGGAGCUCCGCGCCGCUAUCGAGCAGCUGCACAGCGACAAGGCUCGCCUGCAUCUUGAUGCCGAGCGCCUGCAGGACGACAUCCAGCGCCUGCGCGAGCGUCUGGAAGACGAAGCCCGUGUGCGCUCCGACACCGAAGCCAUGACCCGCACUCUGAAGAAGGAAGCCGGAGACGCCACCCUGGCCAAAGCAGAACUCGAGAAGAAGAUCCAGGCCCUCCAGGACGAGAUCUCAUUCGUCCGCGGCGACCACGAGGAAGAGGUCGGCGAGCUGCUCGCACAGCUCCAGGCAUCUCAUGUCGUUUCCGCCGAGAAGAGGGAGUGGCAGAAGGCGGACAUCACCGACGCCCUGAAGGAGAUCCGCGCCCAGCUCGAGGGUCACUCCAACCGCAACCUGCAGCAGGUCGAAGACUGGUUCAUGUGCCGCUACGCCAAACUGACGGAGGCCGCGGAGCAGAACAAGGACGCCAUCAAGUCCGCCCGGGACGAGAUCUCAGACUACCGGCGCCAGCUGCAGGCCAAAACCGUGGAGCUCGAGGCGGCCCGCGGGACCAAAGAGUCGCUGGAGAGGCAACUGAGCGACAUCGAGGAACGACACAACUCCGAUCUGGCCAGUCUUCAGGAAACCAUCCACCAGCUGGAUAACGAGCUGAAGAGCACGAAAUGGGAGAUGGCAAGACAUCUGCGUGAAUACCAAGACCUGCUGAAUGUCAAAAUGGCCCUAGAUAUAGAGAUUGCAGCAUACAGGAAACUACUUGAAGGAGAGGAAACCCACUUCAGCACAUACCCUUACCGCCAGACUGUCACCAAAGGCCCCAAGGUCAAAGCAGAACCCCCAAAACUGAGGGUCCAGCACAAGUUUGUGGAAGAGAUCAUUGAGGAGACUCGAGUGGAAGACGAGAAAUUGGAGAUGGAAGAGGCCUUGGCAGAGAUGGCAGCAGAACUGUCUGAAAAGAAAGAAGAUGAGGGUGAGGAAGAAAAAGGAGAGGAGGAAGCUGAAGAGGAGGCUGAGGAGAAAGAGGGAGAAGAGGAAGAGGUUGUCGCUGCCACCCAGGCCAAAGUGAGCGCCAGUGCUCCCGCUGAUGAGGCUGAGGAAGCUGAGACUAAAGAAGGUGAUAAGGAAGAAGGUGAAGAGGAAGGAAAGGAAGAAGAAGAAGGUGAGGAAGAAAAGGAAGAAGAAAAGGGAGAAGCUGCAGAGGAAGGUGAGGAAGGAGAAGGUGAGGAGGAAGCAGAAGUCGAGGAAACCGUGUUGAGCACCAAGGCACCUGAGUCAAAGGCCUCACCAGAGAAGGAAAAGGCUGAAGAAGAAGGUGCUGGAGAAGAACAGGAAGGAAAGGAAGAAUCUGAUGAAAAAGCAGCAGAAACUGAGGAGAAAGAAUCAGAGAAAAAGGAUGAGGCUGAGAAAGAGGACAAAAAAGAAAAAGAUGAUAAGGAAACCAAGACUGACAAGGCUGAGUCUCCUAAAGCGGAAUCACCAAAGGCUCCAUCUCCAAAGCCUGAAUCUCCAAAGGCUUUAUCACCAAAGAGUGAGAGCCCAAAAGCUUCUUCUCCAAAGAGUGAGAGCCCAAAAGCUUCUUCUCCAAAGAGUGAGAGCCCAAAAGCUACUUCUCCAAAGAGUGAGAGCCCACAGGCCCCAAAAGCAGAGGAAGCCAAGAAAGAAACUCCAAAACCUGAAUCUCCAAAAAUUGAGAGCCCCAAGAAGGAAACAGCCACAGAUGAGCCACUGAAGAAAGAAGAAACAAAACCUGAAACAGAUGAAAAACCCAGCAAGGACGAAAAGUCUGAAGAGAAGAAGGCAGACAAGAAAGAAGACACUGAAAAGGCAGAUAAAGACAAAAAGGAGACAGAGAAGAAAGAGCCAGAGAAGAAAGAUGUGAUCUCAAAUGGAGUGGAUGAAAGCCCUACCAAGGAUGACCCUAGCCAGAAGGUGGUCAUCACCAAAACAGUGGAGACCAUCACCACUGGCGAAGACGGAGCCAAGCACGUCACCAAGUCUGUCACAGUCACUGAAACAGUGAAAGCAGUAGAUGAGACAGUCGAGGAGAAAAUGGCGGCCACCAAGUAACUGGAGAAAGUCUCCACCCACACCGUAAAGGAGAUCACAGAAAACGAGUAGAGAAGCACUUAAACUGCGAAGAGGAGUCGAAGAAGACGCUAGCGCACCAACCCAAGCUAACUUUACAAAGAAACCAUAAAGCUAGAUAACAGUGUAUCUAAUUACAUUAACCACUCUGAAAAUUUAACACGAUUUAACAAAAACAAAAAAAUAUGCAUAGAGAGAAGCCAUACGAUGCGGCGAGCUAAAAAUUUUAAAUGCAUGUUGAGUGACAGCUUUAAAUCAGAUUUGCUGCAGAUGCUGUGUAGGUAUCAGGGUCUCGAAUGUCUUCCUUUCUGUCUGCAAUACCUGGGGGUGGGCAUGGGGGGUGGGCAGGGCACUUGGGGUGGGCGCGUCUGCAUGCCAGCUCAGGGGGGAGCAUGCUCCCCUACUCUUCGGGGUAGAAAAAUCCGUAUGUAUGACAGCAAAUCAGAUUUGCACAGCUUAAGAAUGUAUGCUGAGAGAGUGGCAGAAAUAUAUGUGCUGUCGAAUGCUGUUUCUCUUGAGGACUAUUUGAGUGUGACAAAAAAAUCUGUGUUACAACAAAGUAGCCUUACUAAUACAAAAGCGUGAGGACACACUGACUGAGCCAAACAACAAUCACAAAAUACAGUCUUGAACACAGGAUGAUACAAGCAAGCCCAUGAUCAUAUUCACACAGUACAUAAAGCAAUUAAGAAACUCCCUAGCCUUAAACAUGCUUUUUACUGUUGUCUAUUAUGUUUACGUGAUGAGUGCAAAUGACAAUAAAAACCCAAUGAUGUGCACAUACAUUCUUGUAUGCAUAGACUGAACUUGAAAUAUACUUCUUACACAUUAAUGAGGUGCUACGGUUUGCAAUCCCAUGUCUUUAGUCAUCGUAAUGCAUUUCAGCAUAUGCUCAAUAAACACCAUACUGAAA